GAGAGGUGGGGAACAAGAGAAAAGAGAACGGGGAUAUUACGGGCAGCAGCGGAGUGCAGGAGGCCAUCCCGUCACGGACACAACUUCUGACAACCUGAAAGAUUGUUUUUUCCAAGGCAGUUUUUAAAAAUUGUUUUGUUACCUGUGCAGGAGGCAACAACCUGGCGCCAGCUGAGGGAGGAGAUGCGGUGAUAUGAGCAUAGCCGGCCAGGGACUGAGAAAGAGAGGGAGGGAGGGGGAGGCGGGGAGUCGGCUACCACCAGGCCAGCUGAGGAUGCUUGUUGUUUCUAGAAACCUGAUUAAUCACCGGGCCGAGUGCUGAGCCUCUCCCGGGCACCGGGCGCACCUUUCCCCGCUGCAGUUGUCCCGACCGAGGGCACAUUUCGCCUGUCUUCCCGAGGUUCUGUGCCUUUUGGAUGCUCUCCCCCCUCUUCCUCUAUUUCCUGAUGCAGAGCAGGGGAGGGGGUGAGCCAAAGUGUGCACCGGAUAUUGGAAAACCCAUUCUUCUUGCAGAUGCGGUUCUGAUAAUAGAUUGUUAUCUGGACAACGCCGCAUCUGCAGAUGAAAGGCAGAUCCCGACCAAACGAGGCAUGGCUUGAGAAGAAAUGUAUGAGUUUGGCACAAUUGUGAAAACAUGUUUGCACGGUAGCAGUAGCGAGGAGGGGGGGUCCCUGAUAUCGAUCAGAGAAUGGAUUCAAUCAGGGCAUUCUGACUUGGGAUAUUUGAGACUCUGCUCUUACGGAAAUCAAUCUAUGGCAAAUGUAGCCUUCCUGUCUGAAUGACAUCUUUUCUGCUCCACUUCUGGCCAGCUGCAUAAGCUACAAACGACCAGUCAGCUUUAAACUACUGUUCUUUGCAGCAGGGGGUAGGAUUAUGUGACUAUUCACACUACUGUGGACAUCUCCCGUCACUGGCACCGGUUAAACCCCACACAUCCUCUUCCCUCUGAUCUUUUCCCUCAGAAUGAUGCAGCUGUAGUAAAAGAGACACAGACUGAGGCGGGGAAAUACUUUAUCCUAGGGCUUAUAUAGUGGAAACUGAACCGGUUCUCACUCCCAGUGCGGAGCCGACCGCAUGACAAACAAGUGCAUGGGAGUAGCCUGCAGGGCCCGGCUUUAGAUCACGACCAGUCCUCCGCAUCUUGUCUCCCCGCCACUGCCGUAUAACAGCCUGUGAUGUGCGUUACAAUAUUAUGCACGGAGCAGGACCGAGCGCUAUCUUGAUCUGCCUUAUAUCAGGAAUAGAAUUUCAUCUCGGGAAGGAUGAGCAGCAAGGAGCUGACGCUGGGCCAGUCCAGCCAGUACGUGGGGCCUUACCGACUAGAGAAGACUCUUGGGAAGGGACAGACAGGGCUGGUGAAGUUGGGCGUCCACUGUAUAACUGGGCAGAAGGUGGCCAUAAAGAUUGUCAACAGAGAGAAACUCUCCGAAUCAGUUCUAAUGAAGGUGGAGAGAGAAAUAGCUAUACUUAAACUAAUAGAGCAUCCUCACGUUUUGAAGCUGCAUGAUGUCUAUGAGAAUAACAAAUACCUUUACCUGGUGUUGGAGCAUGUGUCCGGGGGAGAGUUAUUUGACUACCUGGUGAAGAAGGGCAGGCUGACCCCUAAAGAGGCCAGGAAGUUCUUCAGGCAAAUCAUCUCUGCCCUCGACUUCUGUCACAGUCACUCCAUAUGUCACAGAGACCUGAAGCCAGAGAACCUUCUCCUGGAUGAAAAGAAUAACAUCAGGAUAGCAGACUUUGGCAUGGCCUCACUACAGGUUGGGGACAGCCUGCUAGAAACCAGUUGUGGAUCCCCACAUUAUGCUUGCCCAGAGGUGAUAAGGGGGGAGAAAUACGAUGGGCGCAGAGCAGAUGUUUGGAGCUGUGGAGUCAUCCUCUUUGCUCUUCUUGUGGGUGCCUUGCCCUUUGACCAUGAUAACCUGCGACAGCUACUGGAAAAAGUGAAGAGUGGAGUGUUUCAUAUGCCCCACUUUAUACCUCCUGACUGCCAAGCUUUACUUAAAGGAAUGAUAGAAGUCAACUCUGACAAGAGACUCACGCUAGAAGCAAUACAGAAACACCCCUGGUACCAGGGUGGUCGAAAUGAGCCUUGCCCAGAGCAGCCGCCUCCUCGCCGUGUGUGUUUGAAGAGAAUCCUGUCGUUAACAGAGCUGGACCCUGACGUCCUGGAAAGCAUGUACUCUUUAGGGUGCUUCAGAGACCGGGUCAAACUCACAAAGGACCUUACAAGUGAGGAGGAGAACCAGGAGAAGAUGAUAUACUACCUCCUGUUGGACAGGAAGGAGCGAUACCCUAGCUGUGAGGAUGAAGAUCUGCCACCCAGAAAUGACAUAGACCCACCAAGGAAGCGUGUCGACUCCCCCAUGCUGACGCGUCAUGGCCGCUGUCGUCCAGAGAGGAAGAGCCUGGAAGUCCUCAGUGUCACAGAUCAGGGUUCUCCCCCCCCACCUCGCAGGGCUCUGGACACUAAUGCACACAGCCAGAGGUCUCGUUCAGUAAGCGGAGCGUCCACAGGUCUGUCCUCCAGUCCCCUCAGUAGCCCCAGGGUCACACCGCAGGGCUCACCACUGCCCACCCCACUGGGCACACCUGUGCACCAAAUCCAACAUCCUUCCUCCACCCCUCCCUCCUCUUCCUCCUCAUCUUCUUCUUCCAGGGCGGAUGGAGCAGGUGGGGCCUCGUUGUCGCUGACCCCACCCUCCAGUCCAGGGGGCACUGGUGGUCUGGCCGCCUCAAGCUCCGCCCACUGGAGAACAAGGUUCAACUCAUUCAAAAACAACCUGCUGGGCUCGCCGCGCUUUCAUCGGCGCAAACUCCAAGUCCCUACAUCUGAGGACAUGUCCAGUUUGACUCCAGAGUCUAGUCCAGAACUGGCUAAAAGGUCCUGGUUCGGUAACUUCAUCAGCCUGGAGAAGGAGGAGCAGAUUUUUGUUUUGAUCAGAGACAAGCCACUCAGUUCGAUUAAGGCUGACAUUGUCCAUGCCUUUCUGUCUAUCCCGUCCCUCAGCCACAGUGUGGUGUCUCAGAACAGUUUCCGGGCAGAAUACAAGUCCUCUGGUGGCCCCUCUGUCUUCCAGAAGCCUGUGAAGUUUCAGGUGGACAUUGGUUUCUCUGAGGGAGAGAGGGAGCGAGAGAGGGAGCGAGCAGAGAGGGAAGGAAGAAGAGAGAUGGGCAUCUACAGCGUCACCUUCACUCUACUAACAGGUCCCAGUCGCAGAUUUAAAAGAGUGGUGGAAACCAUUCAGGCUCAGCUGCUGAGUACUCAUGAUCAGCCUUCUGUGCAGGCACUGGCUGAUGAGAAGAAUGGUCAGCUUUCCCGCCAGCCCAGCACUCCUUCACGUCAGAACUCUCGGCGUUCUGAAAGCGCAUCAGAUCGGGAGCGGGGAGAGAGGGAGCAUGCAGCAGAUGAGGGAAGUGGAAGUGGGAGCAGCAGUAGCACUGUCUUACAAAGGCAUGGGUCGGGAAAAGACAAGACCAGACUCCUCUCCUCGUCCAAUGGGACGCAGUCUCAUCCAUGAGAAGAAUGUUGCAAAAGAGAGUAGAUGCAGAACGCUGCACGGCUCAACAAAGCACCAACAAUAUCGUCAGCCGUUUCUUCCUCUCUGAAAGGAUUAAUGGAGGGAGGACAGAGAGAGGCAGGUGGAAAGCAACAAAUAAUGGGCUUGUCACAAGUGGGAAAACAAGUAAGCAGGGACAAAAGAAAAAGGACUCAGGAGUGUCUGCUGUCGUAAGAACUCUGCACACAUACAGUACUGCCUGGAGGGGGGAAGGGACAAAUGAAUCUCCCUGGAAAGAAUGAGAGCAGGAUUUUAAGCUGCUUGUUUGGUUUUUAUUUUCCAUUCCUCCUUUGUCUACUCUGCUCUGUUUUUUCUUUUUUCUUUUUUUUUUCUUCUUUUUUUUUUAACAGUUUUGUGUUUUCCACCAGCAAAACAGAAGAAGGUGGUAACUAUAUGAAUGUCAAAAUUAAACUAAAAACUAAACAUACACUACCAGUCAAAGGACUGGACACACUUUCUCAUUCAAUUACU